UCUCCCCCUGUUUUUCCUUUCACAAUGGUACAUCCAGCAUCCUGCAGCACAAUGGUCGCAGGAGGACAGAGGAGCGUGUGAUUCAGCAUCGCCUUUUUCUCAUCCUACACUCUCUCUAUUUGAUUUUGGCUUCCUAAACCUUUCCAUCAGUCUUUCUGGUUUUUUUUGUUGCGUAUCAUCUUGGUGUUGAUCCAUGUAGCCCAGUCGGGAUGGUGUGAAUAACAGAGAGAGAAAGAGAGAGAGAGAGGACCGGGAUCAGCUGGCGCGGAAUGGUAUUUAUGAACAGACAUUUCUUAUACAACUGCAGUGCACCAAUCCUGGAUGUGAAGAUUGCCUUUUGUCAGGUGUGUGUUCCAUACAGGUAAAAAUAAAAGGGUUUUGGUAAACAAGUUGAUGUGUCUUACAUCGCCAAGCAUUACAACAUGAGCAAGAGCAAAGUGGAUAACCAGUUCUACAGUGUGGAAGUCGGAGACUCCACCUUCACGGUUCUGAAACGGUACCAGAACCUCAAGCCCAUCGGUUCUGGGGCUCAGGGAAUAGUGUGUGCUGGAUAUGAUGCUGUCCUGGACAGAAAUGUGGCUAUUAAGAAGCUCAGCAGACCUUUCCAGAACCAGACCCACGCCAAGCGCGCUUACAGGGAGCUCGUGCUCAUGAAGUGCGUCAAUCACAAAAACAUUAUAAGCUUAUUAAACGUUUUCACACCACAGAAAUCUUUAGAGGAAUUCCAGGAUGUAUACCUGGUGAUGGAGCUGAUGGAUGCCAACCUGUGCCAGGUGAUUCAGAUGGAGCUGGACCAUGAGAGGAUGUCCUACCUGCUUUACCAGAUGCUCUGCGGCAUCAAACACUUACACUCCGCCGGCAUCAUCCACAGGGAUUUGAAACCUAGCAAUAUCGUGGUGAAGUCUGACUGCACGCUCAAGAUUCUGGACUUCGGCUUGGCGAGGACCGCCGGGACCAGCUUCAUGAUGACCCCCUACGUGGUGACCCGCUACUACAGAGCCCCGGAGGUCAUUCUGGGAAUGGGCUAUAAAGAGAACGUGGAUAUUUGGUCAGUCGGUUGCAUUAUGGGUGAAAUGGUGCGCCAUAAAAUUCUCUUCCCCGGCCGAGACUACAUCGAUCAGUGGAAUAAGGUGAUCGAGCAGCUCGGUACGCCAUCGCCCGAGUUCAUGAAGAAGCUCCAGCCAACAGUGAGGAACUACGUGGAGAAUCGACCUAAAUACGCCGGCUUGACCUUCCCCAAGCUGUUCCCCGACUGCCUGUUCCCUGCAGACUCGGAGCACAACAAACUCAAAGCCAGUCAGGCCAGGGAUCUUCUUUCUAAAAUGCUGAUCAUUGAUCCUGCUAAACGGAUAUCGGUGGACGAGGCUCUGCAGCACCCCUACAUCAACGUGUGGUACGAUCCGUCUGAGGUGGAGGCGGCCAAAGAUCUUCAGAUAUCCAUGCCUCCUCCUCAGAUCUAUGACAAGCAGCUGGAUGAGAGAGAACAUUCCAUCGACGAGUGGAAAGAGCUGAUCUAUAAAGAAGUGAUGAACUUUGAGGAGCGGACGAAGAACGGCGUGGUGAAGGGACAGCCUUCUCCUUCAGGUGCAGCCGUGAACAGCAGCGAAAGCCUCCCUCCAUCCUCGUCCGUCAACGACAUCUCGUCAAUGAGCACCGACCAGACCCUGGCCUCCGACACGGACAGCAGCCUGGAGACCUCGGCCGGGCCGCUCGGCUGCUGCAGGUGACUAACCGCCUGCCUGCGCAACCCCGCCUUCUUCAGGAGGUGAUCCCAAAUGAGUUCACUCCAAAAAAUACAAAAUAAUACACGUCUAUCCGACACCUGACGCCGAUCUGAUCCACUGCUCUGCAAAUUAAAAAAAAAGCACUGUAAUCCUCGGAUUGGAUCCUGUUAAACGAUAAAUUUAGGAGUAACGGAAUCGGUCGAUAAACGAAUAAAUAAAUAAACGAAUAAAGCCUGCAUUAUUGUUCAAAGCAAACUAAGCAAAUGGAAAAAAAAUGGAUGCUGAUGUAUGUGUAUAUUUAUGAAUCCCUCACUAGUUGCUUUGCUUUAUAUCCCCUUCAUACGGCAUCUGAUGACCCCCGACGACCCCCAAUAAUGUAAUAAUGCUUAACGAGGCGUGUCUGUGAAGUGUACGUGAACACGUUUCCCUGGAUGAUCCCGAAUAAACCGCAAGCUUUCUGUGCUCCUUCAGUAGAUGUGGCAAGGUGGGCUUUCAUCUUUCUCACAUUUCAAUAAUACGGUAGAGAAAUAUCGUUUCCCCAACUUUUUUUUUUCAGAUCUUUUGAACAUGCCAAAUGUACCCUAAAUAUGUUUCUUGACCUUAAUAUGCCCCCCCCCCCGAUUUCUUGUAUAUAUGUAAUUCUGUACAGCUGCAAGGCAUGAAUGGGACUGACGGCCAGUAUCGGGAGUUGUCUUGCGCACCUUGCCACAUCAUCGCUUUGACCUUUAGUUGCCCUUGCCUGUAGUCUUCUUGCAUGACUGGAGAAUAAAAACAAGAACAAAAAAAUAGACAUAACCCAGUAUAUUUGUAUACCACAUAAUAAAUCGAAAAAAAAAAGUCUGCUGGAAGCUGACAGGAAGGUGUGGAGCUUUGGGUUCUGCCGGAAGCCAUUGCAAGGGAACAAAUACCGUUACACGUAAACGUCCAUCAGGGUUUGUGAGGAUUGCAGUUUCUACACCGACCUCCAUUUAUUCACUCGGGUUCAGUUUUUCACCAGUGAGUCGAUGCAGUAACUUCAGAACCGUUUCUGUUGUAAAUGCAUCGUAUAAAUGAUUCAGGAAAGGCAAUUAAACUUCAGCGAAAUGCGCGCGCACUACAGUGAACUCGCUUUCCGCCUAAAAUCGUCUCCCUGUUUUCUUUCCCCUUAGGAUGUUUUUUUGAAGGUUCUCAGGGUGAAAGCGUCGCCCAGGCAGCCCCGACUCUCCAUUCUAAUUAAUUCUUCACUCCUCAGAGCGCGUCUCGAGCUCACGACGAGCAUGCGCUGAGAUCGAAACACAUCCACGGUUGCUGCUUUGCAUGUCGUUCCCUGACCUCCGAAACCUCGGGUCGGUUCACUCACGGCCGUUUUUCUUUGCAUGUUCAGGAACGGGAUGUUUUGUUUUUUUCAGCUGUGUGUCGACGAUACCUCAUUGUUGUGCAUUUGAUUCUAAUCCUGGUUUUUGCGUUCCCGCCCCACAUCCGUCCAACUUUAUGUUUUGUUUUGUCUGAAUGGAAUCCAAAUGGACUUACUACCUAAAGCGAGGAAAUAAAGUGAGCUUUUAGUUAUUAAACGCAUGCGUUUGCCUGAAUUCGGUUAGUGCCUUUGAAAUAAUGCAGUUUCCUCUUAUUUAUCCAAAAAUCAUUGACGCAGUGAAGCCUGGAGGAAGUUUGCGCGAGGUUGCACAGGCAGUGGCUUUGUCACAAUUUGAACAUUGCAGGUAAUUUCCGAGUUGUCGUACGCUGGCGGUGCCUGGUUUGUCGGGUCUCUUCCUUCUUCUAACCUCUUUGUCUAAAGUAUGCACAUAAUCACCAGAUCACGAAAAAAACACACCCUCCGCCCCCUCCCCCGUCCUUUGAAAAAAAAAAAAACGAAAAAAAACGAAUGAACCCUGACAUAUAAUUGUUGCAUUUCUAAAUAACGUAUUGUAAAUGAAACCUCGACCUCCUUUACUCACGCGCCUGAUGUUUUAUCUUUUGGUUUUAGGUUAAUGAUAAGCCUUAUUCGAAUAAUAAAUGAAGUACACAGUAAACGAUGGAUCAUAUAAUUUUUGGUUUUGUACCUGUACUUGUCUGAUUUGACCUGUGUACCGAAUCAUUCAAUAAAGGAAUGAAACGCAUAUAUUUAUAGAUAUAUAUUUUUUUUGUUUGCUUACCGAAUGUUAAAGUGAUUCGAGACAUUUCUGAUUCCUGUUUUACAUGUAACGUCACUGUAUCACAUGGUGAACCUGCAUUCUGUACAGGACCUGCUGGUGAUAUCUGUACUCAGCUGAAAUAAAGCCUGGCCAGGACUUACAGUAAUGGAAAUCAGAUGUAAUCUAAGUCAAUGGCUUUGUAAUGCAAAGGAACGCGAUAAUUACGUCGUAGCCGGAAUUGAGUAAACUUGUGAGAUUGACGAAUCACAACCAUUACAGAGGAACAUAAGGAAAAAAGAUAAUAAACCAUGAUAUACUAAAAAAUAUUGAAAGAGAUAAUUAUCUUACUGGAGGGUUGUACCAUGAAGGACUGAGAUAAUCAGGAUAAUCAGGAAUUUACAAUUACUGUAAAUAGUAGCCAAGACGUACUAAAGUAUGGGAAUAAGAUGAUUUAGAACCAUGAAUAAAUGAGAUGAUUAGGCCAUGACCUUGAUAUAGUAAAUAAAGGGAAUGAAAUAAAUAAUUAAUGGCUACUACAUAACAACUUGAUUGGAUGAGAUAAUUACUGGAGGUCGUAACCAUGACUACCACGAGGGAGUGAUUUAAUCAGGCCAUGACCUUGAUAUAGUAAAUAAAGGGAAUAAGAUGAAUAAAUCAUGCAACGUGAAGAAAUGAGAUAAAUGUGAUAAUUAGGUCAUGGCCUUGAUUUAUUAUGGAAAAAAGAUAAUGAAGUCAUGGACAGGAUUCCAAACUGUGAAUAAAUGAAAUCAAUAAAUCAUAAAUACUACUUUGCAGCAUGAGUAAAUGAGAUUAUUUUGUAGCUAUUACUUAAUACCAUGAAAAAACAAGAUGAUUAGGUUAUGACCUUGAUUUAGCAUUUACAUUAAUCCUGUAGGUGUACAAGAGGGUUAGAGCUCUACAGUAGGAGAUCUUUCAGUCCAACCCAUGUAUAGCAGAUCCUCAUGGAGCUGGCUUUGUGCACAGGGCAUCGUCAUGCUGGAACAGGUUUGGGUCCACAUACUGUAUAAAGAUGUCCUGUGCAAUUGAGUGCCUCUAAAUUUCAGUUUGGAGUUUGCUCUACAUUUGUCCCAAUACUUUUGGCCACACAGUAUACACAAACAAUUAUCUGCUUCUUGCUCAUUACUAAGUCAUGGCUAGGCAUUAUUUUUAUGACGUGGGGAUGUAACCAGGUAGAGGGUCCAUAAAUUUGUUCUGGCCUUAACACUAAACCCUGAGGAACACCUACAAUAAUCAUUCAAUUCUUUUUUUUAAUAUUUUCUUCUCAGUACUGUGUAUGCAGAAUGUUUACUUUUUUAAAAAGAGUCACAUUGCGUAUAUACCUAGGCUUUAACUUUUAACUUACUAUCUAUUAAACCCAUUUUACCAUGUUAUUUUACCCGGAAAGGCCACUACGGUUGACCUGCCCUGACCCAUGUACCUUAACAAGACAUGUUUUAGGUUUUCUUUCUUUAUUAUUUUUUGGGUUGAAAAGUUUGGGACUUUAACAUUUCAAAAUUUGAAUAGGGCUCGACAGCAAACCCUGAGGAAUCCCUAAGAAAUGUAUUAUUUGUUAUUAUAUCCUUUUCUUCUUCCUGCCACUCUGUGAGUGUGUGUGUGUGUGUGUGUGUGUGUGUGUGUGUGUGUGUGUGUGUGGCCAACCAAACAUAAUAUUCCUCAAUUGAUUUUCAACAGAUAAAUGGCACCUCUGGUACACAUUGACUGUAAUUACAGAAUUACCUCUCCAACACCAUUCACACAAUCACAAUUUUUAUAUUUGCAUAACAAAUCAUUUUUAUUUUAUUUUUGAUGUAAAGACUGAUAUCCGAAACAGACUCUGAUACUUGAGUGCCGACAUUUUCGCUCUUUCCGCAAAUAGAAAAACACAACGACGUGAAUAUGAUCACACUGUGAGGGGGUCAGGGGGGUCUCCAGGCUAUUAAUAAAACACUUUUACAACAGGGUGCAUGCGCAUACGCACACACACACACACACACACACACACACACACACACACACACACACACACACACACACACACACACACACACACACAACAUAUAGUAGCGUUCAUAUUUCAAUUGUAACUAGAAGUAAGUUGUUCCACCGUGUAUUUUGCUUCGAUUCAUAAGAUCAGGACGAGACGGAUGUGGUGCGCCGCUGCCAUGUAUUUUUUACAAUCUAUUUUCCGAAACAUGAGCUGUAUAUACACACACACACACACACACACACACACACACACACACACACAUAAAUAUCAAGGUCAGAAACAGGGUUGAUUCUGAUAUUUUUCUUUUCUCUCUCUUUUUUUUUUUUUUAAUCUCUUCAAAACUGGUGCCACAAUUAUGAUUCUGUGUCGAAUUUCGAAAUAUAUGUGAACAUCCUGUAAAAUUUGAAAAAGAAAUAUGUAUCGUGUGUGAGAAACCUUAAAGCUAAAAUCUGAGAUUUAUUUAUUCCUUGGAUUUUGUCCCCAUUUGUAUGUUAGCGUGUAUUGGACGAUGUUUGGUCUGGACUUUUUUUUUCCUCAGAAAUGUCUCCAGAAAUCUAAAACAGUAUCGUGAUUAACAUCAUAAAAUGUGUUUUUUUUUCUCUUUUAUUUCAUUUAUGCUGCUUUAUAUUCAUUUAAAAGAAACGCCUGAUCAAUCCUGAAUUGAGAGCUGAGAUUUUUACAGAUACACAGGAGAAACAAUUGGCUUUAGUUGUACCUUAAUGCGCCGAACAUGUUUAUCUGGAAGUUUUUUAUUUAACCCGGAAAAACCAUCUAAUGGAAUCAUGGUCCUGAUUGAUUUAUUUUCAAGUACACAAUUCUGGGUUCUUUCCCUCAGACGUUAGUGCUGCGCUGUAUAGACAUUUUCAGAACUUUGUUUGGUGUUUCAGUGCUUUUACAUUAAAACGUAUAUGAUUUUGCAACGCAUUUGUUAAGACUGAUAAAUAUUACAGUUGAACAAAGCAAAAAAAAAUAAACCAGUCACACUUUAUAUUAAUAAUCUGUCCAAUUGAAAGCAGGUAAUCCUCCUGCAGAGCGCAUUUGCACAGUUACACACAGAUUACAGCAAUAAAUCUCGAGGAAUUACGUAUAAAACAUGAGUCAGGUUAUUUGAUUUACAGAAUAAAAGUCGACUCUUUAAGCUCGUUGUUUGACUUGCGAUCAAAACGUUCUAAUGAAACCAAACCAAAUCGCUUCAGUUUGAUUCAGUAAAUCAAUUUCAGUAUAUUUGCAGCUUGUAUUUGUGAGUCGACUCACUACAUGUAUCUCGCUAUAAAGUUACAUAUGCGCUAUAAAGGCAAACGUGUGUUUACACCUGGCCAUCAGAUUGGUAUGUGCUUCUUUUAGAACAUCCCAUUCCACAUUUAGUGCCAUUUUCUCUUUUCUGGCAAGAUGUAGAAUUAGGGUGUGAUCACAUUUAUCCUAAAGAUGCUCAAUAACUCUAUCGCAGGAGAUCUUCCACACACUUCCAAAACAUGAAAAGCAGAUCUUCAUGGAGCUGGCUUUGUGCACAGGAGCAUUGCCAUGCUGGAGCAGGUUUUUGGUUCUCCUAGUUAAAGGGAAUUUUUUAAUGCUCCUGCAGCAAAAGGCAUCUUAUACAAUCAUGUAACUUUAAUUACCUUUAAAAUUGUGGUUACAGUUUGGGGAAGAACAACAUCUGGUUGGAAAAAUGAGACGUCUCAAUGAUGCGUUGAUGUGGUCUGUUCGUAACCGUGCGCAAACAUUUAGAAGUGUAUAUAUUUUCAGUGUGGACACAGUUUACAGAAUUCUGUUGAAUUAUGUAUAUAAUAUAAAGUGUAACUCGUUUUUCCUGUUCAAAUGUCACUUAAAUUAAAAAAUCGCAUUAAAAAAACACAAAAAUACCAUUUAAAUUUUUCUGAUUUUUCUGAUGUGUUUACUGGUGAAGGAUUCAUUUUCUGGAUUAAUUUCUGAUCCAAUAAAUUUUUGUUAGUUUAUACUGUGCACCAAACAGAGUGUCAGCGACAUGAAGAAAAAAUAAUAAAAAAAAAAAAACGGGGGAAUGAAAUGGAGGUCAACAAGCAACACAGCAAUACAGACAGCACUAAUCACAACGUACGUGUGCGGUUGUUCUGGGAACGUAACAACUCUCACGUGAUCUAAUUUCUUGGAGAAAAUCUUUUUCUCUCUUUCUGACUAUUUGCUGUUCAGAUUUGUCAUAAGGAUGAAUCUAAAUGCAUUUUUUCAUUUUCUUGUUAAAAUCGAAUUAAUAUACAAACUUAUAAAGGGGACAAAAAAAAAAUUGUGGCAUUUAGAUCAUAAAAAUCAUGGAACACGCGGGAAAAAAAAACACAAAGCGCUGUUAGCGCUCCACAUUCGAAAGGUAAUCUAUGUAUAAAUUAAAUAUGUGUAUGUGGUUGAAAAUAAACACUUCCUUUGACCCUGGAA